AUGUCGAAGGGUGUUGAACCGACCGUUGAGCCCUACGAUCAAGGCAGCAACAUCCAAUCCCAGGCCGAACCGCAAAGAACAUGGAAGGGUUACAUCUGGGACACAUUUGACAAAUCAGCCGAGGAGCGACGAUUUCUGUUCAAGCUCGAUUUGGGAUUGCUGACAUUCAGUUGCUUGGGAUACUUCAUCAAGUUUCUCGAUCAGGCAAACCUUAACAAUGCCUUCGUGUCGGGCAUGAAGGAAGACCUGUCCAUGUUGGGCAAUCAAUACAACUACGCGGUGACCAUCUGGACGGUCGGCUACAUUCUGGGCGAGAUUCCCAGCAAUCUACUUCUCACGCGCAUCCGGCCCUCGAUCUGGAUUCCAUCCUGCCAACUUGUAUGGACGGUGCUGACCAUGUGCUUGUCUCGAGUCACCAACGUCCACCAACUCUAUGCCCUGCGCUUCUUAAUUGGGCUGGCAGAGGCGGGCUACUUCCCGGGCGUUCUAUACAUGAUCGGAUCUUGGUAUGGUAAAGACGAGAUUGCCAAACGAUCCUGUAUCUUCCAUGUUUCAGGCGGCAUAGCCACCAUGUUUUCGGGCUACCUGAUGACGGCCGUCAUCAGUCUCGGAGGAACGGGUGGUCUCAAAGGCUGGCAGUGGUUGUUCAUCAUGGACGGAGUGAUUUCUCUGCCAAUUGCGUUCGCGAGCUUCUUCAUGUUCCCCGAUCUGCCGUACAAUUGCCGUGCAUGGUAUCUGAAUGAACAUGACAGGAUACUCGGCAAAAAGCGUAUGGAGCGGAUUGGCCGCGUGGCGAGACAGCCCUUCACCAAGCAGAAAGUACUCAAUAUUUUCUCACGAUGGCACAUUUGGGUUAUGCCGCUCCUAACCAUCUUUGGAGGUGGUGCAGGAGCUGUAGGGCAGCCCAUCUUUGCGUUCUAUCUCAAAGCCCACAAGCAUCCGAAAUACACCAUUCCUCAGAUCAACAACUAUCCCACCAUCACCGCCGCCAUCCAAAUCGUCGCCACGCUGCUGUAUGCGUACAUAUCAGACGGCCCCUUGAACGGUAGAAGAUGGCCCGUGAUGCUAUUUUCAGCGACAAUCAGUCCCGUCUUCUGGAUCUCCCUCGCUGUUUGGAAUAUCUCCGAGGGAUGGCGGUGGGCCUGCUACAUCUUGAGUGGACAGGUCCUUGCAAUCGUGCCGUUGACUUUGACCUGGGCCAACGAAAUCUGUUCCGACGACAACGAAGAACGGGCUCUCGUGGUUGCUACAAUCAACACCUUCCAGUAUGUAAUUGGAGCCUGGCUGCCACUUGUCAUCUGGAAGCAGACCGAAGCUCCGAGAUACAAAAAAGGUUUCAUCUCGGCAGUUGUCUUCAGUUUCAUCGUCAUUGGGCUCCUCUUGCUCAUCAAGUUCCUUGCCGACAGAGAUCAGAAGAAGUAA